GAACACACACACUACUAUACUAAAGAGUAUCUUGAACCAUUGCACCGUGUACUAUUUUUGACACACUCUUUAGUAGGGUAGUGUGCGUUUCUGAUUCUAGUCAUAAGUCAGUCCAUGUGUGGGGGAUUUUUUUUUUUUUCUUUCUUGAAGUUAGUUGGUGUGCUUCAGACAUUUGGCAACAGACAAGGAAGUUGUCGCUGUCAUCAAAACAAGCCAUCACAAAUGACACUUCGCACACUAUAAUUUACUCCCAUUUUUCCUGAGCACUGAACCAUGGAAAGAUGAUCCUGGAAACAGAUCAGACGAUCAGUACAGAACACUUUGUUAAACUCACCUGCUGAGAAGAAACAAAAGUUCCCCUUCUGUACCCUGAUUAUUUGGACCACACGUCUCAUUCCUGAUGGUGAUUGCUGGCAUGUGAUGGUACAAUGGAGCUUGGAGUGUUUACCUGACUCGUGCAUGGCAUGUCAAAGUCAGAAGGACAGGAGGAGGAGGAGAGGGAGGUCUGUAGUGAGGUUCCCCAUUUCCUGGUAGGUUUUAAGGACCAUGUGUGUGGAGAACUGGAGUGUGGAAACAUGAAGAAUAUUUCAGAAACCUAUGAUGAAGAGGAGGAGGAUGACGAUCUGGCUUCAGAGCGUCAGAUUGUUGUGGGGAUCUGCUCCAUGAUGAAGAAGUCCAACUCCAAGCCUAUGACCGAGAUCAUGGAGCGCCUUUGUAAGUUUGAGUACAUCACUGUGGUCAUCUUCCCUGAGGACGUCAUACUCAACGAACCAGUGGAGAACUGGCCUCUGUGUGACUGCCUUAUCUCCUUUCACUCCAAAGGAUUUCCCCUGGACAAAGCAGUGAGUUAUGCCAAAUUAAGGAACCCGCUUCUCAUCAAUGAUCUCAACAUGCAGUAUUUCAUUCAGGACAGGAGAGAGGUUUACCGCAUUCUGAAGGAGGAGGGCAUUGACCUGCCACGUUUUGCAGUGUUGAACCGGGACCCUGACAGACCAGAAGAAUGUAACCUGGUAGAAGGAGAGGACCAUGUUGAGGUGAAUGGGGAAGUGUUUCAGAAGCCUUUUGUAGAGAAACCUGUCUCUGCAGAGGACCACAAUGUGUACAUCUAUUAUCCCACUUCAGCCGGCGGAGGCAGUCAGCGCCUCUUUAGGAAGAUUGGGAGCCGCAGCAGUGUUUAUUCCCCUGAGAGCACUGUUCGUAAGACUGGAUCUUACAUUUAUGAGGAAUUCAUGCCUACUGAUGGUACAGAUGUAAAGGUGUAUACAGUAGGGCCUGACUAUGCCCAUGCAGAAGCUCGUAAAUCUCCUGCUCUGGACGGGAAGGUGGAGAGAGACAGCGAGGGGAAGGAGAUUCGAUACCCAGUCAUGCUCACUGCCAUGGAGAAGCUUGUGGCUCGCAAAGUGUGUAUAGCAUUCAAGCAAACUGUAUGCGGUUUUGACCUCCUUCGAGCAAAUGGCCACUCCUUUGUUUGCGAUGUAAAUGGAUUUAGCUUUGUAAAGAACUCCAUGAAAUACUAUGAUGACUGUGCCAAAGUCCUGGGAAACAUGGUGAUGCGAGAACUGGCUCCUCAGUUCCACAUCCCCUGGUCUAUCCCCAUGGAAGCGGAGGACAUCCCUAUAGUCCCUACUACCUCAGGAACCAUGAUGGAGCUCCGUUGUGUGAUUGCAGUGAUCCGCCAUGGAGAUCGCACACCCAAACAGAAGAUGAAGAUGGAAGUGAGGAAUGCUUUGUUCUUUGAUCUGUUUGAAAAAUAUGGUGGUUACAAGACAGGCAAACUCAAACUAAAGAAACCAAAACAGCUCCAGGAGGUGCUGGACAUUGCGCGGCAGCUGCUAGCUGAAUUGGGGCAGCACAAUGAUUGUGAGAUUGAGGAGAAGAAAUCCAAACUGGAGCAGCUGAAGACUGUGCUGGAGAUGUACGGACAUUUCUCUGGGAUAAAUCGCAAAGUACAGCUGACCUACCUGCCCAAUGGCCAGCCUAAAGCAUCGAGUGAGGAAGAAGACUCUCAGAAGAAAGGUCCUUCUUUGCUGUUGGUGCUAAAAUGGGGAGGCGAGCUGACUCCAGCCGGUCGUGUGCAAGCUGAGGAGCUAGGGAGAGCUUUCCGCUGUAUGUACCCUGGAGGACAAGAUAAUCGCAGAUCCCUGGGCUGUGAGUCCCCUACUGACUGUGGAGACUAUGCUGGCUUCCCUGGCUGUGGCCUACUCCGUUUACACAGCACCUACCGCCAUGACCUCAAGAUCUAUGCGUCAGACGAGGGCCGGGUACAGAUGACUGCUGCUGCUUUUGCAAAGGGGCUGUUGGCUCUGGAGGGUGAGUUGACCCCGAUCCUGGUACAGAUGGUUAAGAGUGCCAACAUGAAUGGCCUGCUGGAUAGCGACAGCGACUCGCUCUCAGACUGCCAACAGCGUGUCAAGGCUCGGCUCCACGAGAUCAUGCAGAAAGGCCAAGACUUCAUUGAGGAGGACUACCAAAAUCUUGCCCCAACUGGAAGCCCCUCUCUGGUCAACUCUAUGAAGCUCAUAGAAAAUCCUGUCAAAAUGUGUGACAAGGUUUUUGCUCUCAUUCAGAGCCUCACACAUCAGAUACGCAAGCGGCUAGAGGACCCCAAGUCUGCUGAUCUGCAGCUGUACCACAGUGAGACUCUGGAGCUCAUGUUGCAGCGCUGGUCCAAGCUAGAGAGGGACUUCCGCAUGAAGAAUGGCCGCUAUGACAUCAGCAAAAUUCCUGAUAUCUACGACUGUGUGAAAUAUGACACGCAGCACAACAGCUCUUUGGGCCUGGAGAACAUGCUGGAGCUCUUCCGGCUGUCUCGCGCACUCGCUGACAUCAUCAUUCCUCAGGAGUAUGGGAUAACUAAAAUGGAAAAGUUGGACAUUGCUAGUGCCUACUGCCUACCUCUGGUUAAGAAAAUCCAGCUGGACCUGCAGAGGACACAUGAGGACGAGGCUGUCAACAAGCUCCAUCCACUGUGGUUCAGGUAUUCGCGGGGGGUGAUGUCUCCGGGUCGGCAUGUGCGGACCCGGCUUUAUUUCACAAGCGAGAGUCAUGUUCAUUCCCUGCUCAGCAUCUUCCGCUACGGAGGCCUUCUUAAUGAGGAGAAGGACGAGCAGUGGAAGCAGGCCAUGGACUACCUCAGUGCUGUAUCUGAACUUAACUACAUGACUCAGAUCGUCAUUAUGCUGUAUGAAGACAACAAUAAGGAUCCGUCUUCAGAGGAACGUUUCCAUGUAGAGCUGCACUUCAGUCCCGGGGUCAAGAGCUGUCGUGAUGAGGAGAAUGCACCAAUGGGCUUUGGGUUCCGCCCUGCCUCUUCUGAGAACCAGGAGAAGCAGGAAAACCUGGGCAGUCUGGAGAAUUUGUCUCAGGAUGAACCUGAUCGAGCCAUUCACGCUGAGCCCGUGAACAUUCACAAAAAGUCCCCACUGAUUCGGAACCGAAAAACCGGUUCCAUGGAGGUCCUCUCAGAGAGCACAACCUCCUCUCGUGGUGCUGCUUAUCGUCUCUUUCCUUCAUAUUCACGCCAACCCUGUGAAGUCAAAUUUGGUGGCCUUGGCUCCCUGUUCGCUGGCCUCUUCAGUUCCUCCUUCUGGGGAGCGUCCUCCAGUGCCCCCAACCUUCAAGAGCUGGCCCGAACCCAGCGCAAAAAAGCCACAUCCCCUCAGAGGCGAGUCAGUAAAGAGGAGUUGCUCUCAAUGCCGGCUGUAAAGAGGUUUUCUGUGUCAUAUGCCAGGCAUCCAACUAAUGGAUUUGAAGGCUACUCCAUGGUGCCAUCUGUAUACCCCCUGGAGACCCUGCACAACUCUCUCUCGCUGAAACAGGUAGACGAAUUCCUCAACAAGGUGUGUGAAAGCCGGAGAGAGACACUCGCCAAGACUCUGAAAACUCUGAAAGCAAUGUUUGACUCUCAGAUUCAACCUUCCACAGAACCUGAGAGUCAGGAGCCAGCUCGGUCUUCUUUAGCUUCUGCACUACCAUAACAGCUAGCCCAGACUCGAGAGUGUGUGUAUCUCCUCCAAUAUAGCAGCUUUCCAGGACUCCAGGAGCAAUUCAUCAUCCUGAUCAUGUCAUCAUCCGCACUAAUCUCCUGGAGUCAGGAGCUGUCCAAAAUAUGCAGCAUUCUUGAGUGUCUGCCACCAAAGAGACAAAGAUGUCAGUCUAUAUAGGCCUUAAACUGUCACAGGCACUCGACACACACUGUCUUCUUUUAAGCCCAUCUGUUAAGCUCAAUGCUGGCUCUACUUAACUAUAUCCCACCCUCAUAUUGAGAUUUUUAGUGUCAUCAUAUCUUGUGUGAGUUGUGGUUUGAUUUAUGUUGGCAGUGUAAUAGAUCUAGAUUGACUUCAGCAUCAGCUCUGAGCAAUUCUCCUUACCGUAAAUAGGUUGCCUGUUGUAUGUGGCAUAACUUUGAUUUUUUUUUUUAAUAAUCCAUUUACUGUGUGUGUUUUUUUUUUUCAUGCUAGGCACAUGCUUUAAGACAAAUGUCCUACAGUUUAGAAGUGUUAUUCUGCCUGUCACUACAUAACUUGUUUUACCAUUUGGGGCAUUUCUUUCUAGGCCAGUACAGUCAAAGUCCUUCUCGUGCCAGGACCUGGUCUUCCCAGGCAGUCUCCCAUCCCAGUACUAACCAGGCCCUAAAGGCGCAUUGGGCGGUGCCGAUCUCCGCUUCUAUAGCCCUCGGCCUCUCGCCUACACAGCUAGUCCUCUGGUAACCGUGAGAGUUUGACUUCCCACUCGCAUCUGUAUUGCAGUGUGCCUUGCCAAAUGGCAGAAGGUACCAUUUUUAUGAUGGUCUUUGGUAUGACCUAACUGCAAGUAGAACUCACAAUCUCCCAUUCGAGAGGUGGACACGCUAACCAUUAGGCCAGCUCAGUGGCCAGUAUAGUAAAUAAGAAAACAUUAAAACAACAUAUGGUUGAUUUGCCUUCUUGAGCAAGCUUUAAAAAAAAUGAAAUGAAUCACUAGUACUGAACUGUACUAUCUCAUCCUUAGAUGCCUUGGCCCACAGAGCAUUUAAAAUAUUUUCUACACUUAGCUGGUCACAGGCUUGACGCCCCAGUUUCUGAAAGGAAAAUUAAUUUUUAGUUUGAAAGAGCUAUUGGCUGGUAAGCAUGGUUGAUCCUUUACAUGGCCACUUCCUGUGAAAAUAGGUGGGUCUUGGUUACAUUUCUGGGAAAAAAAAGGACCACACUCUUCAGCAAAAGCUACAUUUCUGAUUUGUGAGUCUACUAUUUGCUAAACCAGUGCUUUUCCUGGGACAUUUUGUAUCCUAUGUGCCUUAGCAAAUGAUUGUGCCUCUGUCUGUCAGAAGAUGCCAGCACUCUAUCCGUCACUGUCUCCAGUUUAAGACCUUCAGCUUGGUCAGUGGCAGGACCUCAACACCUGAGCGGCGAGUAAACCUCCAGACCACAGACUGUCCGCCUGCACUGAUCCUCAUAUUGCUUAUUUAUUCUGAUCUGAGAUCAGCUUUAUACUUUGCUUUACAGUACAGCAGGUGGCUGGUGCUGAAUCAAGAACACCAUUUUGUGGUGUAGCUUCUGCCAUAUACCACCACCGAGACUCCACUUGCUGAUGUACUUUUUUUUGCACUUGCUGUAUUUUGUCCAGGUAUGCAGAGUCCUGAAAAUCAGCAGAACACUGAAUCCAGCAAUUAGUUGCACUUUUAUACCUCUGUGAUCAGCAGGAGUGAGAUUGAACUAUAGCUUAUUCUGAGCUGUGUGAAGAUAAGAAUGCACACUAGUAAUUGUGUGUUCUCUCAGCUGUUGUCACAGCUUCUUAUAGCCGAGCAAUUUCAUUGGACAGCGUAAUGUCGCUCUGUAUCAGGCAAUGCCUAAGAGAAGCAGGUAGACCAAUCAGAUCAGUGGUGUGUUCAGUGGUGAUGUUUCCUUCUCCAGAACACACAUCCAGCUGAGUCACUGUGCCCGUAAAGGCAUGAAUUGAAUGAAAAAUGAAAGUAAUUAUUCUGCAGCCAGAUGAUCAAGCACAAUAUUUCUAAUUACUGAUUUUAUGUUGUAUGAAGUAUACUUUUGAAUAUUGGAGAUUGUCUUUUUUUUUUAGUAUGAAUUACAUAAGUUGUUAUAAUGAGAGGAAAACUUGAAUGAAAUAGAAUUAUUUGUAUACGAUAUCCAGUGUAAUCAUGAUUUUAUUUGAAAAUGCAUUUUUGUCAAAAGCAGUGCCUUAUUACUAUUUUAAGUAUUGCAACUGUUUUUACUGAACUUCUCAGACAGUACUGAUUUAAGUACUUACCUCUAAUUACUCUGGUAGUGUCCUGCUUAAGAAUGGUUAUGAUCUGCUGUCUUUAAAAAAAACAAGUUAUUUUAUUCUAAAUCUUUGAACAAUUUAAUUUUAGAGAUUUCAAUAUUGUUAUUAAAAUUGUGUAUAUACAAUCUCUUUUGAGUUAUUAAGGUACUGUAUCUUCUGACAAUCCGAGACUGUUAUAAAUACAUUUAUGAGAGAUAAAAUUAGCUCGUGUGUUUAAAGUCUUUAUUUUUUCUGUAAAGCUGUUUUGUGACCAUGUCUGUUGUUAAAAGCGCUAUACAAAUAAACUGACUUGACCUGACGAGUUUAAUAAUCCGGAUCUGAAAGUAAGACUAAAGUCUCACGGUUUUACUCAGGGUGCGAUGAACCCAGUGAUGACUCAUGCUUUGUCCUUAGCUGUACUGCGUUACUAUGGUGAUGAGUCCUGAUGCCUAUUGACUUCUUUGAAAGCUUGGCUGAACCUGCAGCUGUGUAACGUAGGAGAGGGAUGGAGACAAAGAGAGGAUUUAUUCAGAACAAGUCUCAGCCAGGCUUAAACAGGAAGCCAAAUGAUGAUGUCAUUGCGACUGAGUGUUCCUCACAGACAUUCAAUAUAUCUACAUUGUGUCCCAAAUUAAAAAGAGUGCCCUGAUUCUCUUUUCAAAGUAAUGGCAAAUGUAAUCCAUUUGCCAAAUUUCAGCCAUUUGCUACAUUAUAUACUGUCUUUC